AUGUACAUGACUGCCACGAGAAAUCUCGCUCUUUCGCAUCACUCAGAACGAAGAAGAAAAUCCUCAAAGCUUUCACGAACGGGUCUUGAUAUUGAUGCCAUCCAUAGAAGUGAAACAAACACACGAUUUUUUGAAGAUGUCUCCAAUCAUUGUGUUGGAUUUUUAUUUAAUGACAUGAUCAUGAUUUGCAGUACACAUUUUUCAACUCCUCAAACUCCAAGAACUGGAUUGAGAGAAACUGCAUCUAAAAAGAAACGUAUUCAAGAAACAGAUGCAUUACUAGGAAAGAAAUCCAUGAGAUACAAGUCUCACAUUUCAUUAGAAUUUGAUCCAGAUAGUCCAUUGAUUUGGAUUCGAAAUAUUAUUUCAGAUCAUGAUUUUUCACACAUGUUUCAAUUAGUGACCAAAGAUGUGAUUUAUACUUUCAAAAUGAAAAGCGAAGACAUAAAAACUCGUUGGAUGAAUGCCAUUCAAUCGACUAUUGAAUCAUUUAAAAAGAAGAAUGGACAAGAUGUAUUUAUAGAAAAUGGAAGAAAAUCUUUCCAGCAAAUAGUAUCAAGAGGUUAUUUAGACAUUCCAGAAGCUUGGAUUUUUCCUUCCAUUUUAAGAAUUCAAUCGUUGGCAAGAACAUAUUUGGCAUGUCUCAAAACUCAAAGAAUUAAGAAAAAAUCUCGAAAGAAUCCAAAAACCAAGUUAGACUCUGUUAUUCAAAAGGUCUCGCAAUUAGACAAUAUUUUACUUCAAAAUCAAUCAUUUGUUGAGAGUUAUCCAAAAAAGCAAGCAUCUGCUGUCACUAUUCUUCAAAAUUACGAAGAAGAUGUUAAUGAAAAUUACAUUGAAGAUCAGCAAGAAGAUUCUGAAGAAGAAGAAACUCCAUUAUCUACCAAUGUCACAACAUCCAUCUCAACAAUUUCUCAACCAACUCGAAGAAGUACAAUCACUCCAAGAGGAACUCCUUCAACUCCGGUUGUGUUAAAUUCAUCCUCUCCGAGAGAAUUUGAAAAUCGUGACAACAAUCAAGAUAAGAAAGUUCAACAUUCUACGAAUUCUGUAGCUAUUGAACCACAACAACAACAACAAGUAGAAACAAAAACUAAUCAUUUAGAAUCUCAUUCACAGAAACCUGUAGAAAUGACAGCUGACAAUGUUUCUGCUAUUCCUUCAUCCAACAAUCCUUCAAAUCUUCUAAAUUCAGAAAUGUAUGCAAAAGAAAUUGUUUAUGAAGAUGAAUUUGGAAAGGAAUAUGUUGUUCGAAUUGGAGAUGAAAUUAUUUAUGAAGAUGACUUUGGAAAUCAAGUUUCUGAAAUUGUGACUUUGGAAAAAUUCUUGGAAAUGCUCGAAAAUGCAAAACAAGAAGAACUCAUGAAAGCAUCAACGAGCAUGCAGCAUCAAGUGGCGGAGAAGCAACAAGUAUCAAUACGAUUACUUUUGAAAACUCUAAAUCAUCAUCGACAAUGA